AUGGAAUCGGAUGACGAAAUUGAUGCGCUGGUCUCGGCACAGGUGGGGAUGACGCGUGCUGGGGCAACAAUAUUGCCCGCGUCCGUGAGCGACGACGAGCUGGACGCACUGAUCCACGAGGCACUGACAGGAGCAUCGGCGGCGCCAAAGGCUGGUGAAAACAGAGCCAUGGCCGCCGCAACAAAUCCACGGCAGCAGCAGCGGCGUAUCCAGCGAAACCGGGUUUCUUUUCCCAAAGCAUCACCAGCAGUGGAUGUGAGAAUAGCAACGGGGGAGUCGGCGGCGCAUGAUCCCAUAGUGGGGGCCCAGCGUGCAUGCUCCUCCUCCUCAUCCAAGAGCAGCGAAACUGACAGCGAGGCAAUGCUGCAAGCCGUCCUGGAGGGUUACGGGUUUCCAGGCCCGAAAGGUCUCGAGACGCGUCAUUUGCAUGGAAAACAACCGAAGACGGUCCUGCAGGAGCACGAGGAGAUCACAAAAGACGAAUGUGACGAACAAAAUGAGGAGGAAACUGUGCUGAUGGAGGCUCUCCUGCAUCUUGCUCAACCUCCGCGAGAACUUGUCUCUAAGAACCAUCGGCAGAGCGGGGAUUCCAAGCCGCAUGAUAGCUCAAGUCAAAUAGUAACAACACAAACUAAGACGAAAAAGCUGACUGCAUCAAACCCUUUUGCGAGAGGUAAUGGCGAACACCUCAUGUUAUCGGACACACCCAAUAGAAAUGGUGAAACCCCUCCAUGUGAGUUUUCGAGCGAAGAAGCCGCUCAGUGUCCUGAACAUCCUCCUGUCAUUCCAAAAGACGGGAAAUUAUCUAGCUCCACGGGGCCCUCCCCCGAGUUGCAAGACAUGGAAGAUGAGAAGCAAAUUCUUACGGCCAUAUUAAAUGCGGUUCGCGAUCGUCAGUCAAGUGUGAGCGGGGACUUGGUGUAUGGGGAAGAUGACUGUAAUGUGGAUGCCGUGUUGCAGCACGCUGAACAAAUUGCGGCAUCGUCGCUUCGUGAGAACAAAGUUCAGCUGAGCCGCAUUUUGCACUUACAUGAGCACAUUGAAAUGCGUGAGGAACUAAGAAAGGCUCGAGGGUCCGUGGGGUGGCCCACCUGUGUCUGUGCGCGAUCCGCUCCUGUGGUGAUAGAAGGGGAUUCCCCAAAGGGUUCUGGGGCAUCGUCAUUAUCGCUACUACCGGCAGCAGCAGCAGCAACAGCAAAGCGGCCUGCUUUAUGCGUCGGCACUACCCUUGGUGUCGUGCUGCUCUUUGACGCAAAUAAAAAAAUCUGUGGAAUGUGUGGCUCCGUUUUAGCCUUCUCGAUAGAAGCGCGGGGCGCUGUUGUCUCUCUUUCCAUGUCUUUUGAUGCCUCCACCGUGUUGGCCGGGUAUGAGCGAGGGGACUUAGUGCUUUGGGACACGGACACUCUCACCCCACUCCGCGAAAUAGUGGGUGAGUUUAGUACACCCGCCACUCGGUUGAGGUAUUGUUGCAUGGACCCUUUUAAGAUCGUUGUACUUAACAGCAGUGGCAGUGUGAAACUCCUCUCCUUCACUCGCAUCAUGUCUAAAUUGAUUUAUCGUUUGACGCAUAUUGCCUCGUCCGACUCAGAGGCACCAUUUAAUGAUAUGGAUAUUGCAUUUGUGAGGGAAGAGGGACUUUAUUUGGUGGCAGCGGUUUCCGCAGACACAUUACUUGUCUCUGCGCUGGAGUGCGGGCUAACGAACGUGACAACUCCUAUCAGCCGACGGUCACAACCCCUCAAUUCCGCCCGGACGCAUGAAUUACUGAAGUUUGUGCCCACUUCAGUCGGAAAUCGAGUGCUGAUGUGUGUUGCUUGGAGCGUUGAUCUUGAGGUAUUUAGCGUUUCUGCCGGAGGCACUUUUUCACAAAUCGAGCGAAUAGCCGUUGUACGUCUUGAAAGGCCGUUGCAUGCAAUGAGUCUUAUUGCCGACUGUUGUUUGCUGCUUCUUGACCAGAAGGAUGUGCUGCACUUACUGGAUGCAGGUGUCGGAGUCAUUGUGGAAACGCGAGUUCUUCACGGCGUGGAGCCUGUUGUGUUCUCCAGCCGGAGUUGUGGCAUGAGGCGCAAUGCGGCUUUUGCGUUCAUGGGCAGCGAUGUUUUCUUAUUGGGUCGCCGUCGAACCUUCACUUGUACUCUGCUCUCGUGGCGGGCUCGUCUGGAUGCGCUGGUGGAGAAGCGGCGUUUCCCUGAGGCUCUGGAACUUGCUAAGGCAUUUGCACUGGAGGUUGCACUAGCUGUUGUGGGUCUUCAUGGAGACUCCGCUACACGUCGUGCAAGUAUUCACUCUUAUUUGCCUCAUCUCAUUACAUCGUACCUGGAGCAUGUCACGGAAUCAAAUUCUUCUCAAGAAACCCUUGUACGUUGCAUUACAUGUAUCAUUCAGUUUUGCUCAGAAGUUGAUGCCAUGGAUGUGUUCUUUGGCCCUGUAAUGGAAUUCCUUAGGCGUGACUCUCUGCAUUAUUCUCUUGCAUUGUAUUGUCUUGAAGAAAGCAUUGUUUUGGGUCUCGUGACUGUACUGCCGGAUAUGUAUAUUCAACCCUUUUUUGAUUUGUUUGCCAAUGAAACGUUACCCGUGAUCACGGAAUUAAUGCAUGGAACAGGUGAUGCCGUGUCUUCAUGUGGAAUGUUGAGGGUCGAACGUGCUUUGAUGUGUCUUGAUGGCAACCAUGAGCUUCUGAUGCGUAUUGCGAAGAAGCAUAAGCUGGUAAGACUGGCUGUUUCUAUACUUUCUUACAGACAGCAGCGGUAUGUGGAUGCGCUCCGAUUCGCUCUUGAGGAAGAUCAUGAGCAUGGGGUAGCAGUUUGUUUUUUUGAGUGCUCCAUGGAGGGGUAUACAAUUUUGGGUGACACGGAGAUUUCUGUCGAUCAGCGUCAAAAGGCGAAGCGGGAACUUUGGUGCCACCUAUUGACCGUCCCGAAUGACUUCUUGGCACUUCUUCGUAUGGAUCCCGAACGUGUUCUUUUUACAACAUUCUCAUCGCUACAGGAAAGUGGGCCCGAUUCCCCUUGGGGUGAAGCAUUGUCGAAGAGGCAAUGCGUUGGGGAGUUGUUUCUGCAGCUGGUGGGGACGGAGGUAUCAUCGAGUGACCCCCUCAGACCGUGGGAGCUGGCACGACGAAAGUGGCCGCCAUAUUCUGUUGUACAUCAGCUCUUUACUGGUGUGACCCAUCUUUUGCUAACUGAAGCCUUGGUUCUCCCCCAUAUGCGGCAAUUCUGCGAGCACGCAUGCUCGCAUUUUAUAUACGAAUUUCAAAUUGCUAAGAAUGAACACGAACGCCGCGGUGCGCAGAGUGACAUGGCGGCUCUCAUGACUGACUUCAUUACCAGGGAGGUAGAUUUUUCAUUUGCGGAGGAUGAACUGCGUCAGCAACGCAUGGCGCGCGCCUUGGCUGCUCUGCACUGCUCUCGACUAGAGUAUGACGAGGCCAUUGACUGUUAUUUGGACAGGGAGAAUAAUUGUGCGGAUCCGGAGCUGUCAAAAGACGUUUUUCGUGUGCUUCGAGAGGAGAUGACCCGAGCUUAUCAUUUGGGUGAUGAAACGAUGGCGCAACGACUGCGAGAGGCUGUUAUGCAUCGAAUCUCUCUCUUGGUAAACGUGGAUGCGACGUCGCUGGCGCAGUUCGUACUGGAGCACCUCCAGGGGAGUCACGAGGAUGUCAUGAAUAUCCUUCGCCGCUCCAGUGGGACGUUUCUUCGUUACCUCGACGAGUUGGUAGCGAAGGACGACCCGAUGGUAUCGAACGAUGUGAGGUUGCAGAAUACGUACAUUGAAUUACUGUGUGCUCAUGACCCGGCGCGAGUUUACCCGUACCUGCAUUCACGCGAUCUGAUCAUUACAUAUGAUAUUCAUCUUGUGCUGGAUGCGGUGAAGCGACACAAUAUUGCGGAUGCCGCAGUGUUUCUGCUUGAAAAAACGCUCAUGAUCCACGAGGCGAUGGAAAUCCUGUUGGGCGCCGUUACCGGAAAACUGCGUGCACUACGACAGGAGGUGCUAGACCAUGUUGUUUCCGUCUGCCGGAAGGGCACGCGUCCUCCUCGACUCUCGUUGUGGACACUGUCCCAGCAACAGGAUACGGGAAGGACGCGAAGGAUGACGGCGGCGGAGAGAAGAAGAGGCGGAAGGGAGGAAGACGGAGAAAAGAAGGGAGAACAGCAGCCACACGGGGAGCAGCAGCAGCAGCGUGCCCAUAUUUGGGCUGGUGAGGAGCCACUGCAGCAGGUGCUGAAGGUGGGUGUGAAUUUGUGCAACAAGUACAACGAUGACUGUGCUCCGCAGUUGAACCAGAAUUGGUUUUGUUUGCUGGAGCUUUUUACGCGUCCACGUCGUCUUUUGUGUGAUCGACAGAACCAACACAACGCUGCGUUGAGGUCGGUACAGGACGCGGUGGAUGGGUUUGAAGACGAUGAAAUUUGUGCGACACUCACACCCGGAGGCAGUCCGCGGAACGAAGGCAGGUUCCCUCUUUUGUCAGGCCCUCUCUCGGCCGUGGGUGUAUUGUUUCUGGAAAAUAUGAUUGCUAUUUACACAAAAUAUGUCUCGUUUCUGCUCACACACAUGGUUGAAGUGCUGGAUCCUUCUGCUGUCGUCUGCCGAAUCGUCGAGGAUCAUGAACGUGAGCGGUUUGGUCCUUUUAAGCCUGUCAUCGUUGACAUUAUGUCUUCACUUAAUUUUGAACUAGAGGUCAACCGCCUUUGUAAGAGUUGUAUUGACAACGACAUUAUGGCACUUGGAAAUGAGCUCCACCGAAGCCUGAACGGAGGCGUCGUUUCUCUCUCCGAUACAUGCUACAUCUGCGAGGGAGGUCUUGGCGAUGCAUGUGGGGCCGAGGGGGAAACAUCGGUGCGAAUAUUUGCCUGUGGACAUGGCUAUCACGACACGUGCGCCAUGAACUUUGAUGGCGGGGCGGAGUGUGCCCAGUGCUGCAAGGAGCGCAUGGGGGAGAAUUACCGUGUCGCGCUGAGAGUGCCACGCGAUGGCGUAGGUGAUGAAAUAAAGAAAGAUGGGGGGAAAAAUAAGGAGAAUGGGGAGGACCUGCCGCAGGCGAUGGCGCGGGAAAAGGAGGGGGGGAAAAGGGGAGAAGAGGAAGUUUCAAGGGUCCUUCGGAGGUUGCGAUACACGCGGGCGAGGCUCGACGGGGCACGGGACUACUCUGAUCUCCUUUGCAGGUUCCUUUGCCCAAGUGAAUCCCUGACACCGUCACACGAGUUGCUGAAGGGAUCCACGGAGAAAAGGUUGCUUGCGCCUGCGCCACCUUUUCCCAUCAGUUUCGGAGAAUUUUCUGCAGAGACGUUAGACUUUGGCCCCACCCUGACGGCGGGCCUGACGGACGAGGAGCUGCUCGACUUGUUUGGCACGCAAGAGGAGGGCAGCGAUGAUGAUGAUGAUGAUAAGGGGGUGAUGUCGCUUGGGGAUGGGAUGGAAUUUCAGUUUGACACGACGCAGUGA